AAUGACUAAAACCUUGCGAAAAAAAAAUCCAUUGUUGAGUCAGAUGCAUUCUGCUGUACUGAGAGACUGCUCUUAUGAUUAUGAUUGUUAUCAGCAUAUGAGAAUGGUAGGUACUGCUAGCUGGGCUGCAUUUAUUCCACAUGCUAAGCUGCUCAUUGAUUGUAGAGAAGAUACCAUGAAUUGUAUUAAGCAUACUGGCCCCGGGCCUUACAUACACAAAGAUUUUGGCUUGGGGACACUCUUAUACAUUCAGAUUUCAUCAAGUGCAAUGAGAGCCAAACACUGGAUGUAAAAUUCAAACAAAGUCUGUUAUAAUUCAUUUACUGAGUAAUACUUUAAACCCUGACCUUGCUGUCUCUGUAGGUCUCCCUCUAACACUAACCAUAUGUACUCUUAUGAUGUUUUAUUUAGUUCUGCAUUGAAAGUGAAUCGCUGAGAGGUUUUGGUCUGCUGUGAAAGAGAGCGGAUUCAUGCCUUAAAAGUGCAUCAGUCGAUCCCGUCCAGAGAGGAGAAGCAGAUGACUUAUAGCAUUGCUGACUAUCCGCUAUUCUGUUAGUCAUGAUACUCUGCUCAUGUCUGAGUGUACGUUACAAAUUAAGAGCGAGUAAGACAAUGAGUUUUUCAUGUGUAGGUUCGAUACAUUGACGUUUGGUCACAGGGUUUGGUCAAUGCUUUUCUGGUCUUCCAUGGAUUUAUAAAAAAAGAUGUAAAUUUUCACACUGGCAAGAAGUACAAAAACAAAUUGUCAGUUUGUAAUACUGUCAACAUGUCAAAUAGUAUUAAGAAAAUGAAAUAAUUUGCCCAAAGUCAUGAAUGCAUGGAAGAUAAAUGUUUCUUAAUAUAGAACCAUGAUGGAGAGCAGCCAGCAGGUGAACAGUUGGUGAACAGCCAGAUCUGGGUUCUGUCUCUCAGAAUGAGUGGAGGUCUGAGCAGAUUAGCUAACCCUGGACUAGCCUGCCCGAAAGCAGAUGCUGGAAAAGCCACGGCCUGAAUGACGUCAGUGUGUGUCUGUGUGUGUGUCUGUGUGUGUGUGUGUGUGUGUGCAUGUAUUUGUGCUCAGAUCCAACCUCCUGUUAUAAUAAGUAAGCAUCUUUUUAAAAACUCAAGCUUUAUAAUAACAAAUGCAUAACAAAGGCAUUUCCCAUCAUUGUGGGCUUUUCAUGGAUGCUAAUUAACAAAACAAAGAGGAACAAGCACAGAAAAAAAUAUGAGCUUGGUUUACUUUUUAAUUCAUUAUUUAGUUUCAUUAUGAAGAGAUUCCUGUGACGAGAUCAAAAGAGAGCUCCUUUCACAAGUCGUCUUGUGUAUUUUUAUUGUCAACAUGCCAAACUAAAAGCAAAUCUAUAAUGUCUCUGAGGCCGGUGUCUUUCCAGGUGCUAAUUACAUUAACUCUCCAGCAAAAAAGCUACUUCCUACUUUUGGGCUGGUUGCUCUGUUGUGCAGUAGCCCUUAAGGUGGACUGGCAGUUUACCCUUAAUCAUGCUAAAACAACCUACGCAAAACGUUAUGUCACUGCUAUAAUUGUGUUUUUACUUGCCAGCCGCCGUAAUCCUACCUUUCUCAGUCACGCCCUCAGGUAGCUGCCCGGUGGCUAAUGGGUAAUUAGCUGUGUACCUUUAAUACAUCCCGUGCUAACGGUAGCACCCCAAGCUCUUCGCCACUGGGUGUAAUGAUCGAGCUCCUUAUGCUGUAGAUCCACAUUUAAUGACUGUGUUUUAAAUUAGGUCUGUGCUGCAACAAGUUGAAGAGGUGUAAUAUACUUGUUUCUUGCGUGGAAUGUACCCAGAGGUAAAAAUGGACUAACCUGCUAACUUUUUGCUUGUUUUGAUUCUAACCAUAUUUGUGCGCUAGCUUCGCAUUUUCUUCUAACAUAGUACCCAUUCAUGGGCCUGGCUACACGGUGGGGGGGCUGGAGGUCAGGGCAGGCCUGGCUCUUCCAAUCAUAUGCUCAGGGCACCCUGGGGCCAAUCGCAUGGCUCUCCAAGUUUCCGCAAAUUGGUAUUUAGCGAUUUUCGAUAUCCUUUCAGUGACAUGGGAGAAAUAUCCUAGCGGCUUGGACUUAAGGUGAUUAUACUGAGUUUGAGUCACUAUAAUGAGCUCAUGUAGAAUGUGAUUUCUGUGCUUUCUGAGGGGGGGCAGAGGCGACCACCUGCGGCAUGUCUGAAAUACUAAUGAGCUGCACGCGACAGUGUGUCCAACCACCCCUUCACCUUAAUCCUGUGCCCCCACCCCCUAGUUCACAAAGCUGGAGCUGGGCCCGAAUUAAUACAUUGACAUGAUUUACAUGACAUAAAUCUACCACUGUUGCUUUGCCGAUUUGUAAAAUUAACUUGUUACGCAUGUUUAAGUUUUUGCCAGGCCAGUGCAGGGAGGAAUAAUCCACCUUUGACGUAGCUACAGGGCGGCACCAGGCCUCAGGGGUACAGCUGGGAAUUUGCCUGGCUUUUUAUUUUUCAUUUGUAAUGGUUUCUGUGCCUUGCUUUUUGUAUUUAUUAUUAGAUGGGCAGUCGGCAUAGUGUUGGCCGCACCUGUAUUCCUGUAGUCAUGAACUUAUUUGAGUUUUGGAUUCUUUUGAUUUCAGGCUGCUUGUGCCAUAACCAUUACCUUGUCUUUUCCAUACUCCCUAGAGCAGAUGGCAGACGCUUUCUUCAGGGCUCACGGCUCCCCUCCUUCACACUGUGUGUGGUGAUCAUUUUGUAGUGAUAUAGUAUGACUCACCAUUCAUUGUGAUCACGCGUCUGAAGUGUCUGUCUGUGUGUGUGUGUGUGUGUGUGUGUGUGUGUGUCAGUAAGUGAACCUAAUAACCAGUGAACUGGUCCUCCUAUAACAGUGAAGGAGCACCAUCAAGAUCAUGGACCUUCUGCACAGCAUAGGGGUGGACCUGGCCCUCUACCUCCAAACAAACUACCGAAAUUAUGAAAGCGUGUUCCACCUGGCCUCCUCCCUGGCAGACCUGCACACACCCAUCUUUAUCUUCUUUCCCGUUUGGUUCCACUUACGUCAGAAAGUGGGCAUCAAUCUAAUAUGGGUAGCUGUGGUCGGGGACUGGCUUAACCUGGUCUUCAAAUGGGUUCUCUUUGGGGAGAGACCAUACUGGUGGGUCCAUGAGACCCAGUUCUAUGGUUCUGCACCACCUCCUGUCUUGCAGCAAUUCCCCAUCACCUGUGAAACUGGGCCAGGAAGCCCAUCUGGUCACGCCAUGGGCUUGGCAGGAGUGUGGCAUGUCAUGGUGACAGCUGUCUUUGCAGCAAAUACAGAGAGAAAACACUCUGCUCUUUUCAGCUGGGUCAUACGCCUGGGGCUCUGGAUGGUGCUGGGCAUACUCGUCCUCCUUGUGUGCAUGUCCCGGGUGUAUGUGGCCGCCCACUUCCCACAUCAGGUCAUCACUGGGGUCAUUGCAGGUAUGAUCGUGGCUGAGGUGUUCAACCGAGUGCAGUGGAUCUACAGCGCCAGUCUGAAGAAGUACCUGUACAUCACCCUCUUUCUGCUUACCUUCGCCCUGGGUUUCUAUGUGCUGCUGAAGGCACUCGGUGUCGACCUGCUCUGGACUCUGGAUAAAGCAAAGAGGUGGUGCAUCCGGCCCGAAUGGGUCCACAUGGACACGACGCCCUUCGCCAGCCUCCUCCGCAACAUGGGCACCUUGUUUGGCCUCGGUUUGGGCCUGCACUCUCCUCUCUACACAGAGAGCAAGAAGAGCCAGAGCGCCUCCUUCAGGCUGGGCUGUAUCAUAUCCUCACUGCUGCUUUUGCAGCUGCUGGAUACAGUUAACCUCCCUUCUAAGAGUAAUUUUUUGUUCUACCUGUUGUCCUUCUGUAAGAGUGCAGCCGCACCCUUCAUCACUGCUGCCCUGGUGCCAGGCUGCCUCUCAGUCCUCUUCCUAAGCAAAAAUGUUCAGAGGAACUUAUGACAAUGAGGAACCGAAUAUGUCAGUCCUCUGGUGGAUUAUGUUGGCUAGCUUCCGAGGAUAAAAAUCUCAGUCUGCUGUCUCUGACAGUUAGGUAGUCUUUACACUUGGGUUCUUUUUUUCAAGACUGCCCAGACCAAAACUCCAAGAGGUCAGUGAUGGUUGCAGUGUGACUGCCGUUAGCUAUACUCCCAAGUACUCAGUUAAACUUAUGGAUGCUCCUGCUGAAUGUUUCAGAACUUACUGGGGAAGUUAGAAUUGAGGUCAUGGUAUUUAAAACAGUGAAUUCAGUUUGUUUGCAUGUGGGUAGCACAUCUCCCCAAUAACAUGCCCUCCAGGGUUUUGAACCUUGUACAUACCCCAUCAUGCGUGAUUGUGAUCUCACUGUACCUGUUUAACAUGUCCCUCAUAACUACAACAUUCAGAAAAAUAAAAUUGACUUUAAAUUUUUAUUUACUCUUGAA